AUGUUUUUAAAACACAUCGAUCUUACUACUGCUUUAAGGCCCUCGUAUCUUACAGACGAGGUGCUUCUGUUUGUUCAGGAUAACGUUGGCUUGUAUGAGGGCAAGUACAAGCUUCCCAAUCAGCAAAAUGGACAGGUUUAUUUAACCUCGCAUCGUGUUUGCUACGUCGAUCAGAAGGAACCUCGUACGAACUCGGUUGCGUUGGACCUGAAGGAUGUGGACCGUUACGAAUUCUACGCCGGCUUUCUCAAGUCAUCAGCCAAGGUGACUUUGUUCCCGAAGCCUCCCAAGCGAGCAUCCUACCACAGCCGCGCCAUCUCAAAUGCCUCCAGCUCGGUUAGGAAUGUCUCUGGCUCUCCAGGGCAUUCAGAAAGCGGUUAUCGGCCACCCCCGGAGCCACCGGCUGCCAAGAGUGCGACAUGGGUCUGCACAAUAUGCAGUUUCUCUAACCCCGUCCCCUCCAACUUUGAUCCGACUACCGCCAACGCCCAUACUCCUCUUCCGCCAUGCCUUGCGUGUGGAAUCAAACCAACUUUGACUCAUGUUUUAAAGGCAGCCAUAUCUGGUGCAAAUAACCGUACAGCUCCAUCUCCGGCUCUCGCCUCCCCUCUCCCUUUACAGCCAGGGCCGUCUGAUUCUCGACCUUUGUCCGAGAAUCUAGAUCAAACACCAACAUCCAAUUUACUGGAUACUCCAAAUGGCUCGGAUUCAUCUGCUUCGUUCCCGUGCCCACGGUGCACCUUUUCGAACCACCCCUCACUGAUGUCCUGCGAGAUGUGCGGUGCCCCCCUCAUCUCUCAGGAUAUCCCAUCAGCUAUCCAGCAAAGUUCAACAUCUGAUGCAACGAGAAUUGAUUCUCCGGGUCCCACCCUUGACCAAAGCAAGGGCGGCAAGGGCGGGACUGACGCAUACGAAUGUGUUAAGCUCUCUUUUCGAAGGGGAGGCGAAAAGAUCUUCUAUGAACGGCUAAAGGGGUCCAUGACGCAGCGCAAGUGGCUGCUCCAGGAUGCGCCUCCAGCUCCAAAGAGUAAUCAAAUGGUGGAUGAAGCAACCAGUCCUGACUCGGGAACCGGAGCAUCAGCAGGAAGAACAAAGGGAGUGGGCAUUGCCGGUCUGGAACAGUUGGGCUUGAAUAUGCGAAAGAACAACGAACUGCUGAUCGGCAGCGCCUUUGAGGAUUUGGAGGCCCUCAUGUCAUCCGCCAAGGAGGUGAUUGCCCUCGCCGAGCGUUUCGCAAGGCAGACAAAUAAUGGCCAGGGAAACGCAUCGGCGGAGGAAAACGCCAUCUUGGCGGAGUCGGCAAGUCAGCUGGGCCUCAUCACAACAAAGGACAUCGUUGGUGGCGGCAGCUCCGAGUCUCUUUAUCUGUCAGAACUGUCGAGGAACUUGGCAGAGUUUCUCACUGAUGACUCGAGGGGCGUCCUCAAAAAAGCAGGCGGUAUCAUCACGCUCGUCGACUUGUGGGCCAUGUUCAACAGAGCCCGCGGCGGCGUUGAGCUCGUCAGCCCGGCGGACUUUGAGAAAGCCGCCAGGCUUUGGAGCAAGCUCAAGCUUCCCGUCCGCCUACGCACCUUUCGCAGCGGUGUCAUGGUGGUCCAGAGCCGUGACCGCACGGACGGGACCACCGUCAGGGCCAUCCUUGCAUGGUUACAAGACCUACACGAGUUUCCUCCGGAUCGCGAGGUACCCUGGGACUGGCAGGUGUUUGGUCGAGGCGUGACUGCUCAAGAAGCUGCCGAGCGCUUCGGCUGGAGUCUUGGUGUUGCUGAGGAAGAGCUGCUCAUGGCAGAGGAGCGAGGGGAGCUGUGUCGUGAGGAGGGGCUCGAGGGCCUCAAGUUCUGGGUCAACUAUAUCAAUCCAGGGGACCAUAAGAAGCAUAGGACCAAAGCGGAGAAGGAAAACGAUGCAGUCAUGAAGGCGUUGAAAGCGAGCGGGUUGUUAUGA